AUGGCGCACCUACCGGACACGCCUCGCACCGAGGUUGGCGAUAUGACGCGCUUUACAGUCAACGAGCCCUCAUUCAGCAUGGAGGAGACAUUCCAUGCGCCGACAGACCGCGACAGCCUCUUCAAACAAAUGGGCGGCGCCCGAACCCCCCGACAGCCGCUUGCAUCCCGACGCCAGCAAACCGCGAAGAACGAAUUCACGCCCAUGCUGAAGAGCGCAACCGCGAAUCGCACGCGCCAGGUCAACGGACUGCUCGACGGCAAGAUCACGACACCCGCCGCGAUGAAGCCAGGCUUCCAAGUGAGCAACACGCCGCUGCCCGAGGCGAGCAUGUACGACAUACAAUCCAGUUCCUUCGCCGAUUCGGUCGAUGGCCGGACACAGCUGCCAGACCCCAGCUCGAGUGCUAUGAGCACGCCUACCGCGCUACCGAGAAGGGCAGAAGGCGAAAUGGACAACGGAAACGGCAAUGUGCUCACGCUGAGAGAGCAGGAAGCGCGUCUGGAGCAGAUCGACAAGGAAAACUUCGGACUAAAGCUCAAGAUCCAUUUCCUUGAAGAGAACCUGAAGAAGAUGGGCCCCGAAUUCAACCGACAAGCCAUGGAGGAGAACAUCAACCUUAAGUCGGAGAAGGUCACGAUGGCGCGCGAUAUCAAGAACUACUCGAAAGACCUCAAAGCGGCCGAGAGGGAACUAGACACAUACAAGCAGCAGCUACGGGAAUACGCCGAGAAGGUCAAGCGACGGCACGUCGACGAAGGCAUGCGGGAAGAGAUGGACGAGCUCCGACGGCUAGCCGACGAACGCGCGGCCGAGGUGGAGCGUCUCGAACGGAAGCUGGAAGAAGAGAGUGGCGACAGCGAGGAGCUGGACAAGGUCAGAGCAGAGUUGGACGAGGCACAAGCAGAGCUCAACAGACGAGACGAGAUGCUAGACGACCAGGACGAACAGAUCAAGGACUUGGAGGAGAAGCUGAAGAAUGCGCAAAGUUCACAGUCUGCCGGUGACGAGGAGAAGGACCGCCAACUUAAGGACCAAGCCGAACGCAUCGCCGAGUUGGAAGAACAGCUGCAAUCGGCCAAGCAGUCGCAAGAAGAAGACGCCGCAGAUAAAGAGCGGCAGGUGGCCGAACAGAGCGAAAAGAUCGAGGACCUCCAGGAACAACUUCGUGCUGUCGAGCGCGAGAAGGACGCUGAAAUCAAUGCCUUGAAGUCCAAACUCGAUAGCGCUGACGACGGCAAGGAUCAGGAAAUUCGGGAGUUGAACGAGAGCCUGGAUGAAGCGGAACAUGAUCUCGAGGUCGCAGAGGAGCAAAAACGCCAGGAACUCUCUGUUCUCGAAGAACGCCUACGUUCACUGGAGCGCGAAAAGGAUGCUGAACUCCGAGAGCUGCAGCGGCGCCUCCAAACCAUUCAAAACGAGAAGGAUGCCGAGAUGGAUGCACUGCGCGAACGUUUGGAGCUUGCGGAGUCUCAGGGAGACAACCAGGUUCAAUUGGCGCAGCAAUCCGCCAACGAUGCCAGACAGAAGGUGGUCGAGAUUACUCGUGAAAAGGGCGUUGAAAUUGAACUCCUCCAAUCGAGGGUCGACGCUGCUGAAUCCAGAGCCGAUGAGCUGGACGACUUCCGGAAGCAGCACCAAGACGCUAUGCAGCAGAUUUCACGCCUACAACGGGAAGCAUCCGCAUACGAACAGCAGUUGCAACAGCUUCGACGCGAAUUGAAUCAGAAAGACCGCGAUCUGGAUGGGUUGGAAAGAGUACGACGUGAGCGCGAUGAUGCGACGCAGGAGCUUACCGGCCUUCGCUCAAACCUCAACAGCAAAGAUGCUCAGGUGCAGUCGCUCAACAACGCCAUACGAGAACGUGACAACCUUCGCCGUGAGCGCGACAACUUGGUUUCCAAGAUGUCAAGCAAAGAUGAGCAAGUGGAGGUUUUGCGCAGAGGCAACAACGACCGCGACACGCUGGUAGCUACUCUGCGGCAGGAGCGUAAAGACAUGGAGAGCGAACUGCGCAACUUACGGUCUGCUGUAUCUGGCAAGGACACCCAGAUCGAGGCGCUCCAGAAGAUCACGCGCGAACGGGAUACAGUAUCUCGAGAUCUUUCGAACUCGCAAUCAACGUUGCAAGCUCGUGAGCGCGAUAUCGCCGGCCUGCAGAGGAAGAUUGAAGCACAAGAGACAACACUGAAGGAGCUCAAACAACUCAGGAAUGACCUCAGUGACAGGACCCGGGAGCUGGAUACGGCGCGACGAACGAUAACCGAGCGCGAGGCCGAGCUUGACGCGUUACGGAGCCAUGCCGACGAGCCUGAUACCCAAAUCGAUGUUAUGCAGGACCUAGUACGCAAACGCGACGACGAGCUAGAGAAUUUGCGCGACGAGCUGAACGAGCAGAGGAGCCAAGUUGAUGCCCUACAACGACUUGCAGAGGAGCGCUUGGAAGCACUUGAGGAGCUCAAGGAGAACGCUCGCCGGGAGAAGGACGACUUCGAAGCUGAAAUAGAAGUUCUGCAAGAGGAUGCCGACGAAGUCGCCGAGGAGAAGGCCUCGCUUGAAGAGAAGAUCACCGUUCUGGAAUCUAUGAUACGCGAAAAGGAGAACGAAAACGGGGCCCUGCAAUCUCAGACCCGUGCGGCACAGCGCGAACAAGAGGCCGCUCUUAAGAACCAGAUUCGCGAUCUUGAAGGACGGAUCCGCGACAAGGAUGCUCAACACCGCAAAUCUCUAUCUGAAGCCAAGUCGACAGCACGGGAACAGCAAUCCGCCCUUGAGCGUCAACUACGAGACCUACAGUCUCAUCUCCGUGAGAAGGAAUCGCAGCUUCGUCUCAUCCAAGCUUCCUCGAAGUCCAUCCAACAAAAGGCCAACCAGGAUGCGAUUGAUCUGGACGAACAGGCGGAAGCCCUUACUAAGCGCCAUAUCAAAGAGAUCAACGGUCUCGCCAAGCAGAUCCAGUUCCUCCGCGCACGAUGCUCGCGAGCAGAGGCGUUCCGGGAAGCCCUUGGGUACCAAAAGAAGUUCUUCUUGAUGCAGAUUCAGACUUACAAUGAAUGUAAUCAAGAAGACCUCAAUCUCAUCUCUCAGAUGGGCAUCACCCCCGACAUCACCGUCCACGACCGCCGACCCAAGCUCAAAUCUGCAGCUCUCGCUGUCAUCGCCGCUAUUCGGAUGCAAAAGCUGGCCGAUGGCUGGGCACAGAACAGGAAGAUACAUGAACAGCUCAAAGCGAAGUUGGAGGGUAUGAGGCGGAAUAGUGGAAGGGGCGCGGGCAUGCCCACCAGCGCGAGGAAAAACUUGGGAGCUUCACAUCUGAGGAUUGCGCGGUAG